CCAGGCCAAAAGUGAUGAAAUAAUUCCACUUCUUCACGCGGGGCGCUCAAUCGGCUUCAAAAGAGCGGCAUCAUAGUCAAUUGCGACCUGCAACAUGGGAUUUAGUGCGCGACGAUAAUAAUUCCUCCGAAUUAUGCGGCCGCCCAUGUGAGAUCAUGCCACCACCGCAUCUACACCCCAGGUCGCGGAUGACCUCAUCACUCUUCGCAACCACGGUCGUGGCCAGCUUCUUCGUCGUUGCGCUACCCCAUGUCCUCCCGUGUCCGGCACCACGAGUGACAUACGCCGAUGGAGAGAUGCCAGAGGGGUCCGGGAAGAGGAGGCGGCGGCGGAAACCCGAGAUCACGGAAACGAGAGAUGGCAUAGUGCAGUUUGGGAGCAGCACCGGAGACGAGGAAUCACGCCGCUCUGCAAGGCCGAGGAGAGAAUGCCCUGUGCCCAAACCUGGUGGCGUCGUGGGCGAGCUUCUUAACCUCAAGAAGAAAAAGGAGGAUGGCAACAAGCCCCCUGCGGACACGUCAUAGAGAGAAGCUGCCGAAGAACCGAUGUACGAUUAGUGCCGUUGUAACAAAAGGUUCUAAUACGAUCAUACCAAGCAUGAUGGAGCUCUCGG